AUGUAUAUAAGAGUCAGUAAACAUGCAGCUACAUCAUACGUCACCAAGUCGUCCGAUUCACUUGGCAAGGCCAAAGAACAAAAACGUGUCAACAAAGCCAUUUUCAUCGCGCCACCAUUAUUUGUCGCAGAGUAA